AUGGUUGUCAAGGACGCUGAAACUCCUGAAUUUGCGGAGGGACCUGAAACAGAUGAACGUUGGACUCUCAUGUUCGACGGUGCUUCAAAUGUAAUAGGUCAUGGAAUCGGGGAAGUGCUGAUAUCUCCCAAGAAUUUUCAUUUACCAUUCACUACAAAGCUUUGCUUCACCUGCACGAACAACAUGGUUGAGUAUGAAGCCUACAUAUUAGGGCUAGAAGAAGCUAUUGAGUUCAAGAUCAAAAUCCUUGAGGUAUUCGGAGACUCCGCUCUAGUGAUACAUCAAAUCAGAGGUGAGUGGGAAACGAGACAUGCUAAUUUAAUUCCAUACCGGGAUUAUGUGCUGAAGUUACUCCCAAAGUUUGACAAGAUCACUUUCUCUCAUAUUCCUCGAGAAAAGAAUCAGAUGGAAGAUGCUUUGGUAAUCUUGGAUUCCAUGUACAAAUUAAUAUGGCCUAACCAUCAGCCUAAUAUUUAA